GCCCUCCUCUUUUCCUGCUCGCCAGAUUCUUUUUCCGAUGCGCCUCUGCUCAUCGGAGCUCGGGUAGCCAAUCUUGUUAAACCGCCUCUCUUGUGUAUCCGCCAUUCUCCAUGUUCUAAAAGGACCCGCUGUCUCUGUGAGGCACACUGGACCUUUUUUUAGACCGUUAUAUGCCUUUCCGAAUACUUCUGUCUUGCAGACUCGCCGAGCCGGGGCCACCCCCCCUCGGUACCGCAGUUCACCGUACAUCUUCGAGUAGAAGCUGUUUCGCUGUACGCUGCUGUCCUUGUUCGAGUCUUUAUUCGAGCACCCCGCUUUCCUGUUCUCUCCAGAUUUAGGUGCACCAGUGCCUUACUUGGGACCUCUUGAUGCCGCAACAGCGGUUCUCCGCAGCCGUCGGCUUCGGCCGUCGCGCUGAUCCUUCAUCAUCCUCUUCGGACGAAGAAAACGGCCGGAAACUGGCGAGUCUUCGGACCUGCUUCGUGAAUACUCGUGGAGUUAAAUCGGGGGAAGAUGAUGUUUGGGUCGAGGUGUCGAGAAAUCCUGUGCAAAGAGGUAGCGCGCGUGGUUCUCAUUCGCACUCCCAUGCUCUUCUAGAAGACGGUGUCAACUCAGCUGUUCCUUCACGCCUCAACAAAGGUGCAACUCGGCCACGAGCCGGGCAUGCCUAUCUCGACUCUGGGGAGUAUAACCAGGAGUCCAACAGAUCUGAGGAAGGAGAAACGGAGGAUGAGGAGGGAGGCCAACAUGCGUAUUACUCAUGGGCGCGUGAGGGAGAAAGCAAGACCCGCGGCGAGACACAGUCGCUGUCUCAACAUCGAUCACCUGCCUUGUGGCAGAAGAACCAUGGGCAAGACUCAGCCAGAAGACUAGGGCAUUCUGGAGCGGGUCCGGAGGAAGAAUGUUCUGAAUCGGAUGAUGACGAUCGGAGCUCCGACGAUUUACCCGACAGGUACUUGCGCCAGCCUCACCCAUCUGCGUUCCAGCGCUCAGCAGCUUCGUACCAUGGCUCCGGCUCCCGCUACUCUACGGGCAGAGGCAGUCGACACGGUGACGCUGAGGCUUCCGAAAGCGGUCAGGGGCGCUCAAUUGUUGAACCGACUGUACGAAGACUCCAAGAAAGCAGCGCGAGGGAAGUUAUGGCCACAGUGGUGGAGCCGCGUUUGAAGUGGAAGAAGUCUCUCGAAGCCUUUCAGUCUUGUCUCCGCAUGGCGCCGAGUGACGACGAGGCAGUAGGCUACGAGUCGGACGAAGAAGACGAGAGGGAAGCAGAGAGUAGCAGACGUCCCGAGGUGCAUCUGAGGGGUGUGGCUUCAGCGGAAGAUACGGGUCACCGGAAACUCCGGUUCACCUCCAGUAGAUCUCACGGUCAGGCAGGUCUGCAUACCUAUCCAGGACAAGACGAACUGGAAGACCAGGAAGAGGAAGAAGGCGAAGACGAGGAAGCAGACAGCGACUUCGCACACCGGGUCGCAAUGGCGACAGGGCCGAGAACGGGCCGACGUAGUCAACUUCCUUCGGAGCGAAACAAAGGCGAUCGCUGCCCGAUGCUGGGUCAGUGCCACGACGAGCAAAUGUCUCGAAGACUCUGGGACGGUGAAGAUGAAGAAGCAGAAGCGUUCUAUCGAGGCGACACACUCUCCCGACAGCCGCCCUUCGCCUCUCGUUCCGUCUCUCUUCGCUCCUACCCCAGGCACACGCCGAGGGAGGACAGUGAAGACGAGGAGCAGCAGCUGGCUGAACUGAAGACCUAUGUGAACAAAAAGCUAUCCACCUUAGACCGACGUUACGGGGCUUUCCGCGGCGGUCGCAGAGCCGAUGAAAGCGAAGACGAGGAAGAAGCGCGGGCGGUGACUGAGUCCCGGAAGGCGUACCGAGGGACGCUGCUCGCUGCUUUGGCAUCUGGCAUGGGCGCGAAUGAUGACAAGAAAAGUCCUCGUUCUCCACGAUUCGGCUCUGCAGACGACACCGACUGGGGCGAAGAUACAGUAUCGUCGCCUUCCUUUGGUGCGAAAUCUCUGAAGUCCCCCGCCUGGAAACAAACGCGCGAGAUGGUGGAGACAGGGGACAAGCAACGGGCAGCUCUCCUGUCCUCGGGUCUUCGUCUGACUUCUCAGGGCGACGCCGACACAGCUUCGACACUCACGUCAACUCCAAGAAUUGAAAGUAUUCGCCUUUCUUCUCCAGCUUCCUCCCCGUCUUCUUUCUCUGCUUCUUUUCCGUCUUCUGAAAACGUAGUGCCGAAAGAGAACGUCGGUUCGGGUGUCGCGGGUCGCGUUCAGCAAAUGAUGAGCGUCGACGAGGCGGACGGCAAAGGAGAAAUUGGAAUGCGGUUCAUGUCUGUUGAGGAACACGACGCGAAGCUGAAGGCCCUGCAAGAUCGAUACAGAGCGAAGUAUGCAGAGCUGAAGCGGACUCCUAUUCUCACUGAGAACGCAGAAGCGGAGGAAGAGGGGGACACAGCGGAAGUGCAGAACUUGCCAGGAGAAAUAGAGCACGAACCCAGAGGAGACGCUGAAGAAGAAGAUGUGAAUCAGGUUGUAGAGGAAGAAAGUCCACGCGCUGCGACAGACGGUGAAGCGGAGGAGGAAGCAGGCGAAACCUGCGAGAGAGAAGACGGAACGGACGGUGAGGACGGCAUCGGGAAUGGCGAGUGUGGGGAACAAGACACUGUAGCACCAGAAGGUCAAGCUACCGAGGAGGAAAAGGAGGCAGAAGUUCACAGUGAGGAAGCGGAAGGAGAUGUAAUGGAGUUAGCUGAAGAAGAGCAGGAAGAAGGUGUGGCUACGCUGGCGCCUGAAGAGGCCGCUGAGGAAUGUGCAGAAGAACACGAGGCAGAAGCCGGAAAUGCAGCAAGGGAGGAAGAUGGCGGCGAGUCUCCUCCCGGGACUGGAGAGGCGGAGAAAAAAGAGAAAUCAAAUAUUAAAUCACAGGUUGUUGAAGCUCUGCAGGAUGUGCUUCUCUCCGUUCUCCGGCCUCCCGCCUCGCUGCCUUCCAACUCAGUCUCUUCUCUCGUGCCGCCCUUCGAUAAUGUUCCUGCGCCCGACACACCGUCAGCGUGUGCGACGCCGAGUGCAGUCGCGGCCCGGAGUCUCCUCGCGGCGCUUUUCGGCCGGACAGGCUCUUUGUCGUCUUCGGCUGACUCGAAAGAGCCUCUUCCUCUCACCGAAAUCUCUCCUCGGGGCAUGCGCGAGAACGAGAAGAUCCUCCAGAGACUUGAGAACGCAAGUUUCGCUUCGGCUGAGUCGAAUCUCUGGACAGCCGCUGCGGCAGUAGUCUCCGGAAAUCCAGCGAGAGCCUUGGACACGGGAGAUGGCAUCAUACGGUCAGUUCUCCCUUCCCCCAGAGACCACCCUGGUGGAGGGUCCUCGGAGACCGCGUGGAAGGCGUCAGGUGCCGCAGUCGCGACAGACUGGACGAUCUCCUUAAUGAGGCAGGGAAGAGACGGCGAGGAACUGAGGCGGGCGGUGUGUCCUCGUGAGUUUCCCCUGGACGCUUUCCAGGGUGUGUCCGCAGAUGGGGCAACCUCAUUUGACGAAGCAAGUCGAGAAUUUCCGACUUAUCUUGCGAGCGCGUUUCGUCCUGCGGGGAGCACGCCUGCUGUCGCUGGAUCUCGCUUCGACGGGGUAGAUGUUGCCUCCUUUUUCGUCGGACGAGAGACGGAGAAGCGCCUGCCUUUCGAUCACAUGCGAGUAGGGGAGGGCGAAGAAGGACGAGACAGCAUUUCCCACGUUCCGCUUUUCGCGGGAAUCUCUGGCGGCUUCCAAGUAGACAACAGUGUUGUCACCAUGCCACCUUCGAGUUUGCCAUGCUCUCCUGAGCGGCAACAGGCACCUCAUCAGGAAGAAGGGAGCUUCUCUGAGACAGACCGCAGUGACCCUCAAAUCCCUUCCGCGGUCGAGAGCAGUUCUGCGUGCUCUCCAUCUUCUGAUUCGCCACAUGCCUUCCCAGUCUCGAGUGUUACUCCGAAACUCCGCACCCUUUCGGAAACGGGAUCGACAGUUGGGCGAAGAGGCCGAGGUGCCGCGUCAGUGACAAGCAGAGGCGAAAAGGCAAAGGAGACGGCCCCCCAAACGGGUGGCGAGACUCCUGCUGCAUCGGAAGUCUCUCGACGAACCUCGACAGACUGCACCGGACGAGACAAAUUGAACGAAGUCCGCAGGCAGCUAAAGGAGCGUGUCGGAUUCCAGAAGAGUAAAUCCAUUGGGGACCAGCGGCCCAAGAGUCGUUCAGCCUCCGGAGUUUCAUCGAGGCGGUGUGUAUCUCGCCCGACGACCCCUCGGGAGAUAGCCACUUCUACUCAGCGCCAGUCCCAGAGCUUCUUUUCCUUUGAGGGACCUGAGGUUGUGCGCUUCCCGACUGUAGGGGAGUUGAGAAGACAACUGGAUAUCUCGCAGCACACAGGGACAGAAGGGGAUCGGCUUAAUGGAAAAGGGGGCACGGGAAGCGCAGCCAUUUUAGCGCUUCUCACCGGCUCCAGCAGACUUCCGAAACGAGAGUUGCCUGUCCCCCCCCCCGGGCGCCCCAGGGACAGUGGACGGUCGGAGACAGAGACAGGAAAGGCAACUAAGAAGCAGUCUGGACUCAAGACAGAGAGGCCUGGGCGCAAGUCUCCAGAUCAGUCUCAAGAAUUGUCGAGUUGGAUCGUUUCUCCCCCUUCAAGAAUGGCCAGCUCUGUGGCUCUGUGCACCACGACAGCUGGAGGAUCGUCUCCGAGGGACAGAGAGAGAACCACUAGCUACGGGGGUGACUUCGAGAACGAGGAACACGACGAAGAACGCUGUGCGGCUAGCCCGCAUCCGAGGCAAACGACGGCAUCUGGAAGUGGCAAAAGAGUCGCGGAAACAGAAAAGACAAGCGAAAAGAAGGGAAAGGGCGAAGGGAAAAGAGAGACGGGAGAACUCGGACAUGGGGAGACUAAGAAGGCGGCAGUCAAGGCGAAAGAAGGGAGAGGAGGGCGGAAGAAGGACAAGAAGAAAGCUGCGGAAGAAGCACAUCAGAGUGAAAUAGAGCAGCCCAUCUUCACUCCGGCUCCUCCCUCUUGCGGAGGCCGCGGAAUCCAAGGCAGUUCAAAAAAGUCAAAAAAAGAAAAGACAGGUUGGAGCGGUCGUCGCGUCAGUUGCUCGCUCGAAAGCGAAUCAAUUUUGGAGCCUCAAGACAGUGUCGAAGCUGCCUCCGAACCAGAAAGCGAGGCGACGGAGAAGGACCUGGAAGCCGAGAGGCACCGUCAAGAAAUGGAAGCGCACAAGGAGGAGCAAGCGCUUCUCCUCUCCGCGACACAGAAACACGUACAGGAAGUCCACAAAGAGCUCGAACGCCUUGUUCGCGAGAACGCCACACUCCAAGAAGAAAAACAACAGCAAGAAAUAAAAGUGCGCCAGAUUUUGAAGACUGCCUCGCGUACGAAUCUGCAGCUGCUUGCUCUGAAGGCCCAACAACCUGCGUGGGAGCGACUGAAGAAGAAUGAGGAGCAACAUCACGAGCUAGAGGCUUUGGAGAAGGAGCUUGAGAGCUUGAAGAGAUCGGUGCAAGAAAGAACGUCCCGAGAACACGGAACGAUUGUUGACCUUCAGGCACGCCUGGCUUCCACUGAACAACUGUUGAAGGAGAGAACGGAAGAGGUGGCGAGGAAGCGCGUGGCGCGAGAGGAAGAGGAACGAAUCAGGGAGAUCGUCUGCAUGCAAGUUGAGGAGUGGCGCUUGCGUUGUGAGGCCCAGGCGGAGACACUUCAGCGUUUGACGACGCGUCUGAGUGGCGCCGAGCAAGCGAAGACACAGCUGGAGAGCAAAUUGGCCGAGAUGUUGAAGCUCAUGGAGCGAGUGAAGGCGGCACUCGUGGCCACGAGAAACGAAGCUGAGGAACACAAGAAAGCCCGUGAAAGCGCUGAGAAAGAACUCAUAUGGAAACACGCCAAGUCUGUCUCCUGUGGAGUCCAGACGGACACCGCUAGAGUGAAACAUUCAGGAGAUCAGGCGGACUUGCAGCCUCAGAAGGACGUGAGGACUGUCGCCGUUCAGGUUGGUCACCCUAACGAGAAGUCCCUGCAAGCACAAGAUUCAGUGCGCGAUCAGAAGCUGGCCAGCGCCCUGGCUAAGCAGAAGCAGCUGACUCUGCAAGUUCGGGCAGAACACAAGAAGAGGGCGUCGGCGUGGUCUGCCGAGAAAGCGGAGCUCCAGGCACUCGUGAUUUCUUUACAAGGGAGAAUUGCAGAACUCGAGAAAAUUCAGAAGCUGACUUCGGGCAACAAGUCCUCUGGCCCUGUCAACCCCGGCCUCGGUCCGUUUCAUGCGAACUCGUACGCAAGUGGGUAUGCACUGCAGGUCGCAAGUCUGUGCUCACCUGGGAUGGCCCCUGGCUUUGUAGCCUCUCCCUUUCCGCUGCCGCCCGUCUCGCGCGUGUCUCAGUCGGUACGCGACAAUGCAACAGAGAAAGAUGCGGGGAGGCACGGGACUCGGAGAAAGGACCUCGUCGCUCCCGUGGGGGCGGCACCGGAAUUCGCAGAGCAAGAGGAGCAAGAGCUGCUUGAUUUCGUCUCGGAUUUGAUUCACAGUGGGGACGCAGGCGAGUCGCCAGUGGUUGACAGAGUGCCAGAGGCAGGCAAGGAAGGCAAGGAACACGAGGACCAUAGAGCCCAGCAACCAGAACGAAGAGAUGACGAACAUGACGUCAUUGCGGAGGACCUCCGAGCGAUGGAUGAAAGUGUCAAAGUCCUCGAAGACCAGCUUGAAGAACGGCUCCGAAUUCUGGGAACACAUGAGGACAACCUGGACGCUCAGGGGGAUAACCGCCAAGAGACGGAGACCGGAGAAAAGAAGGUUGAAGCAUCUGGUGGAGCUGGGAGGCGGAGGCGGGGAGUUUCGUGGACCAUCGAUGAGAAACCAUCGAUCACGAAAGACGGUCUUCGCUCUGAGGCCCGCUCUUCUCCCGCUGUCUCCCCGCGGACAGGAGUCGGCACCUACCAGAGCCGGUCUACAGAAAGUUCUGCCUCCGUUUUUUCUCGCAAUUCACCAUCUCCCAGCAGGCUGGAUUCUCUCCUGGACUCCCCGGUAGAUGCUCUGUAUGCAGAGGCAGCCUUGUCUGGUCUGGAAGAGACGGGUUUGGCGGAGCUCUCUUUCCCUGGAGCAAGCGCAGGGGCGAGCGACAGUUCAGGUGACUUUGUGCAGACAAGAAGCAUUGGCCAGAUUUUUGCAGAAAAAACUGCGGUUCCCUCAGCGCACGAUGCCCCGCAAACUGCCCCUUCUGGAGGGAAGAACUCUUACGACAGCAUUUCUCAACUUCUAACAGAGUCUCGGCGGGAAACUCGCACAUCUUCAGCUCGAGAGAAAGUACAGGAACUCCGGAGACAACUGAGGGAACAUGGGGUGCUAUCUUAAUUUCAACACCUUGCGGGGCUUUCAUUCCCUGCACAGACGGCAGAUUCACAGGCCACAGUUCCUGAGCGCUCAAAUUUUCUUCAAAUGAAACGAAACUGUACGUGACCGCCUGUCUGUUCUAAGAGUAAUCAGUUUUUUCCGUUGUCGCUGCAGUUCGUGAUGACGAUGCCACAUACACAUACGAUUUUUUUUAUCCGUAUGUAUAUGCAUGCUUAUAGACGUACCAGAAUCGCAAGUGAAACGUAUAUCUACACACACAUGAUCAGAAUCCGCACAUGUAGCGUUUCGUGUAGUUCCAGAGUAUAUGGAGAGGUACUGCAGAAAAUGCGCAUCCUCUCGUCCCCACUGGAACGGGACGAGGCUCGUCUUUUCCUUUCUUGGUGUGAGAAGCGGAAGUUCUUAACGGGAUCUUGCGGAGACGAACAGUCCGCUGAAUGCGCGUUUCUCCGUCUCGACGCCGGUAGAAAUCAGGAAUAAAAGCCAGCUGAGGCGAUACCAUCGAAGCGCCUCCAGAGAUCCUAUGGUGUACAGUGACGCCGAUCAAACUGAAGGGCGUGAGAAUUUAUUAUGAAGUGCAAAGAUGACAAGACGCUACCAAGGCUGGGAAGAGCUUGGUGAAUAGCAGACGAAGCCCAGUUGACUGGCUUUAUGUCUGCUGCUCUCCAGGCGGAGCUCAUCGAAAAUUGAUCCCUCGAUUUGUGUCGGUUUCUCCUUUUUGCUUGAACGAGUUCUGCAUGCUUCUCGUGCACCACUCCCAUGCCAUUUCCCUCUCAAGACUGUCUUCCCAACAAAGACUCCAGGGAAACAAACAUGAGUCGAAAAACCCACCACUGCGUGUCACACUUCGUGACGCAGAUUGACAAUCUGCAUGCGCGCCAUGAGCCUGGCUGUAGCGCCGAAA